AUGGACAACCCACGCGUGGUGGACCUUCGAUCGGACACGCUGACCAAGCCGACCCCCGAGAUGCGCCGGGCAAUGAUGGACGCCGCCGUCGGCGACGACGGCUUCAAGGAGGACCCCACCGUCAACGAGUUGGAGCGCGCAGUGGCCGAACUGCUGGGCAAGGAGGCGGCCUUGUUCAUGCCGAGCGGAACCAUGGGUAACCUGGCCUCUGUGAUGGCCCAUUGUGACCAGAGAGGCCAGGAAAUACUGGUCGGGGACUCCUCACACAUCUUUCUCAAUGAGCAAGGUGCAGCGGCGCAAGUGGCCUCGGUGCACAGCUGGGCCGUUCCGACACAGAAGGACGGCCGACUACUCAUCCAAGACCUGGAGUCGCGCGUCAGGUACUGCGACAUACCCUGCCCCAGGACGGCACUGCUAUGCCUCGAGAACACGCACAACCUGAGCGGCGGCACCGUCCUGCCCAUCGACUACUUGGAACAGGCUUCGAGAUUCGCGAAGAGUCACAAGAUCCCGCUGCACGUGGACGGCGCGAGGGUCUUGAACGCGGCGACGUACCUGGACCUGCCGGCGAAGGACAUACUGAGGGGUUGCGAUUCCGUCAUGCUGUGCAUUUCAAAGGCCCUCGCCUGUCCUGUGGGAUCCUUGGUGGCUGGGACGAAGGACUUCAUACACAAGCUGGUACGCACGCGCAGGUGUUUGGGCGGAGCCAUGUGCCAGUCGGGGAUCCUGGCGGCAGCGGGUCUCGUCUCGCUCAAGACCAUCUUGCCUCGGCUGCACGAGGACCACGACAACGCGCAGAGGCUAGCGAGAGGGGUCAGCCUUCGAGACAACCCGUACGUCGGCGUGGACCUUGAGACGGUGCAGACAAACGUCGCCGUCUACGACUUCCACGACCCCUGCCGGCUGUCGCCGCUAGCAUUCUGCGAGCGCCUCAACAAGGUGACGCAGAGGGAGUACGAAGACCUCCAACAAGCCGUCACAGUGAAGAUGCGCGCCGUGAGCCCGACCAAGGCCCGAGCCGUGCUGCACAACGACGUCGGCGUGGAUGACGUGGACGCGGCCGUGCUCAAGAUACGCUACGUCGUCGAGGAACUUACGACGUAGCGUAUCUAUAAACACAUCAGGUCGUAUCUGACACAAUGCAAC